AUGCCGUGCUCUCUGCCCGCUAUGUGCGACGCCCAGAGAAUGUUGUGCUUGGUUGACACACGGCCUGCAAUGAAGUCCUCGCUGGCAGGUACAAACAAGGAAAUUUUGUUUCCAUACGUCAUUGAGAAUUUGGAGGAGUAUCUGUCAGCUCACUGGGAAGAGGAUGAGUGUAAACAAGAUGUACAUCUGCUCAAAAAACAGUCUGAAGAAGAUCUGAGGCAAAAUAAACCAUGUCCAGUUCAUGAAGUUGCUCAGACAGUGCACACAGAUGAGGAGAAGGCGAUUCGUGAGGUUGUGGAGAAUGUGCUCUGGCAGAUGGCUGCAGACCGGAAAACCACCACACUCAAACAGCUGCAGGGCCACAUGAGGAGAGCCGCCUAUCUGACAGGCAGAAUCAAAGGAGGGGUGUACCAGGAUGUGGUUCCAGCCAUCAGAAGGUGGAGACAUCAUGGUCUAAAUGUCUACAUCUAUUCCUCAGGAAGUGUGGAGGCACAAAAACUGUUGUUUGGCUAUUCUGUUGAAGGCGAUCUGUUAGAUCUGUUCGAUGGUCACUUUGAUACCAACAUUGGUGCUAAAGUAGAAAGUAAAAGCUAUGAGAACAUCGCAGAGAGGAUUUGCUGCCAACCAGAUGAAAUCAUGUUCUUAACCGAUGUCACACGAGAGGCAAAGGCAGCAGAGGAUGCUGGAGUGAAUGUGGCUGUUGUAGUAAGACCUGGUAAUUUGGAGUUAACUGAAGAGGAGAGGAACCGUUAUUCAAUCAUCACAUCUUUCAGCCAAUUAGAACUGAGUGGAAGUGUUUGACGGCAAAGAACUGGGCUCAUGACAUUGGGUCGCCAUGAAAAGCUUGUUUUAUGUGGAAAAACCCAAUGGUUAUGUUGCCAUUCUACUGGACUGAAACUCCAAGGUUCCCAGGUGCUUGUUUUUUACACUGAGACCCAUCUAUGAAUUAUAACUCAUGUACAUUCUCUUUGAAUGUUUUAUAUUCACCGAUAAUGUAGCAUAUGACAUACUUAAUGUCUGGAAACUUUGUCUUUAUGCCUCUUACAUUAUACGGAACCCCUACGGACAGAGACAGAAGUUAUUUUCCCUCGCAAUAGCUUUAUCUAUGCCUAGUAAUAAUCAAUCUUGGUUUUACUACAGUAAGCAUAGUUGAACUGUGGCAUUUGUAGUAAAAACAUAACCACAAAAUUUACCAUGGUUUUUACCACAGUAACAUAUUUUUUUAAACACAAUAUUUGUGCAAUAAUACAGGAAAACCAAGACUAUGGUAAAAAUCAUGAUCAUUCUGAAGAAAAACAUGGCUAUUAUGCAACUUGGUCAAUAGAUACACUAUGGGUAAUUUGCAUUACCAAGGUACUUAUGACAAUUUUUUAUUUACAUAGUUAUUGCAGGUUUUACAGGUAUAGUAAAACCAUGGAACAUUUUCACAAGGACAUUGUUUUUAUUUUAUUUUAUUUUUUAUUUUUUUUGUUGGAAUCCAUGGCUUUAAAAAAACAUACUUGCACCACUAAUUAACAACGGUGUCACUAUAGUAAAACUGUACCUACCAAUGCUUUUUUUGUUGAGUU